GAUCGAUGGCACUGCAGACGUUGCGAGCUACAUUGCUGCAUUGGGCGCCGCUGAGAAGGCUCAGCGGUGGCCUCAUGCCCUCUGCGUGCUCCAACAGAUGAGGGAGAGCCAGUUGAGUUUGGACGCAGCUUCGCUAAGCGCAGCGGUAAAGGCCAGCGGUCGUAGCCUACGCUGGCAGCUGGCGCUCCAGGUCCUACGAAGCGGCCAGGUGCACAUGGACGGGCCGGAACCGGACAUGGCGUUCUGUGCCGCAAUUGGGGCUUGUGGUGGCUGCGGCCAGUGGGAGCUGGCCCUGCACCUGCUGACGGAGCUGGCUGCGAGAGGGCUGCGUGCCAAUGCAGCCUCGUUGGGCGCGGUCCUGGACGGAUGCCAAAGAGCUCGUGAAUGGCAGAGAGCCCUGGCCCUGGCCUUCCACGGCGGCUUGGUGGGUGGCAUGGCUGCUGCGAUGGCCUCGGAGCGAAGUGCAGGUCCACACCCGGCCGCUGCCACCCGGAGGCUGCUGGCCCAACAGCUUUGGAGCUUCCUGCUCAACGACGCGCUCUGGCCAGCCGGCCUCCCCGGGAGAAGCGCCGGAGCUUCGGAGGUGUCGCGGGCAAUGCUAGCUUCGGAGCGAGUAUGCUCUGUGGCAGUCAUAGCCAGCAGCGAGGAAUUCCAGGCAGGUGCAGCAGCGGUCUUAGCCGCCAAGCAGGCCUACUCGCCGCUUCUUGCAAGGUUGAUGGCAUGCCGAAACUUCCCUGCAACAGGCUCUUUGCAGGUGGCACACGAUGCGUGGCUGCGCCUUGCAGAUGGCUUUGGGCCAUGGCGGGGCAAGACGGCCCUGACGGAGUUGGGUCUCCGAAUUGUCGGCCGAAGUCUCACAGUGAGCACAAAAAGGGAAAGUGCGCUGCUGCACCAGAAGCAAGUAAGCAAGAGGGCCAACACAAAGGACUCAGCUCAGCUUUGA